UGACAAGACUGGUGCUACAAAAAGAGAGGAACAUUAAAGGCUAUAGAUGUGAUGUUUGCCAUUACAGAUUUCCAAUAGGUACCCCACUGGUUUGAACUAAAAGGACAUUUUGUAUUGACAAAAUGGAAUCGCCCGUGAAGAAAGGUUUCCAUAGACUGGAAAUACAGAAAACAACAUGGGAGGUUCCGGAGCAAUAUACUGCACUGAAAGCUGUUGGCUCAGGUGCUUACGGGACAGUAUGUUCUGCUAUUGACCAGCAGACCAAGGAGAAGGUGGCCAUUAAGAAGCUCUAUCGUCCAUUUCAGUCCCUGAUCCAUGCUAAACGGGCCUACCGGGAACUACGACUGUUGCGCCACAUCCAGCAUGACAAUGUGAUCUGCCUCCUUAAUGUCUUCACACCUGAUUUCUCCCUGGAGAAAUUCCAGACAUUUUACAUGGUGAUGCCCUUCGUUGCUGAGGAUCUCGGUAACAUCAUGAAGAGGAGGAGAUUGACUGAUCGCGUCAUCGUUUACCUCUUCUACCAGCUUCUAUGUGGCCUCAAGUAUAUCCAUUCUGCAGGGAUCAUCCAUCGGGACCUAAAACCUGGCAACCUCGCCGUGAACGAUAACUGUGAAUUGAAGAUCCUGGACUUUGGUCUAGCGAGACAUGCAGAGAGUGAGAUGACGGGCUAUGUGGUGACACGCUGGUACAGGUCACCAGAGGUCAUCUUCAACUGGAUGCACUAUAGCCAGUCAGUGGACUUGUGGUCAGCAGGCUGCAUCUUGGCUGAGAUGAUCACAGGCCAGGUUCUGUUCCCAGGCAAAGACAGCAUUGACCAGUUGAAGAAGAUCCUCCACAUAACAGGAACACCACCGUCUUCCCUGCUGCAGAAGAUGCAGAGCAAAGAUGCUCGUUCAUAUGUGCAGGGUCUCCCUAUCCAAAAGAAGAAAAACUUUAAGGAAGUCUUUCCCUCCUUGGAUGCAAAUGCGGUGGAUCUGUUGGACAGCAUGCUGCUGCUGGACCCAGACACCAGGAUGACAGCUAAAGAGGGCCUCUCACACCCCUACCUCUCUGAGUUCCAUGAUCCAGAAUCUGAGCCCAACUCCCCACCGUACGACGACUCCUUUGAAAGCAUGGAGCUUGACGUGGGAGAAUGGAGUAGUCUGAUCCACAUGGAGAUUAUGACUUUUGACCCCAGAAACCCCAGUGCCACUGCAAUGUAGCGGACAGACACAACAGAACACUAGCUCCCCCAUGGCUCCACCAUUGCUCCAUCUUGUAAAAAGCAUCACAUUUCACAACAUGGUUUUAUGACUUCAGGAAACAUGAUACUGGAAAGAAUGGCGCCGAAGGAGAUGGCUGUCGUUUUACGAUCCCAUAAGUAAUUGUGCGAUUGUUUAAAAGCAUUGUUGGUUAAGGGCUUGUAAGCAAGCAUUUCACAGUAAGGUCUACACCUGUUGUAUUCGGUGCAUUUGACAAAUACAAUUUGAUUUGGUAUGUCAUCAUUUUUAUGGAUCCCUCAUGUUUUAAGGGUAGGUCACGGUUUUAACUUGUUUUAAGGUAUACACUUUCAGAACGCUUUGUAAAUGCAUAUGAAUGAUGUACAAACUUUUAAUAUAGUAGUAGUAUUAUAAUAUUAAAUAUAGUAACGUGGUAAUCGACCACACCAUUUGCAUGUUUAUCCAAUUGGCUACAAUCUAUGUAUGAACAAUGUUUUUAUCAUGACUGAGUAAAACCUCACACCUCAAAUCAAUCUCAUCUAUGAACACAUUUUCAUCUCUGACUCAAUUAGCAUUUUCCAAAAUUAAGCAUGUUUUGGUAUCUUAAUUGAAAAAUUAUGUUUGAUGCCAGAAAACUAAAUCUCAAUCAGUAGAUCUACAUUGUGUACAGUAGACGGCACAUGUUCAGUAUAAUGUAUAAUGUUUUUAUGCUGCCCUUUUUUUGUGAACGGGUUAGAUAGGUCAAGUUAUCAUUUCAGUUCUGUAACAGCAGUGGUGUUAAGGUAAUAAGUAAAAAUACUUUAAAGUA